AUGAAAAGAAAACGUGAGAAAGUUAGAAGUGAUGAGAAGGUAAAAAAGAAAAUAAGAAAACUUAUGAAGAAAGUUAAAAAACUUUCUAAACAGCAGGGCCAGGAGAUGGAGCAGGAUAUUUUGAUAGAGAGAGGAAAACCGGAGGAAUCUGAAUCUCCUCAAUCACUAUCACAUAUUCCGGAAAAUACUAAAGAUCUAAAUAACCAAGUACAACCUACUAGUGAAUUAGAAAAUCAGCCAGAUAUAGCUCUAGAGGCACAGGAUUUAGAUGCUGAGACACUAGCAGUUCUGGGUGAAAUUAGCACUGAACAAGAAAAAGGUCCACCUCUCCACCCUGAAAUUGCAAACAGAUGGACUCCCAUUCUAACCAGGGGCCUAAAAAAGGAAGAUAAAAAGGAACUUAUACAGAAAUAUUUGCCAUUUGAAAAUCUACCAAAAAUUAUAGCACCAGUCUUAAAUCCUGAAUGUGUGUCAGCAAUUUCAGCAAAUAUGCUUAAGAGAGAUACAAUUAUUAAAGAAAAACAAAAACAAAUUGCAGCAGCAUUAACUGCUAUUGGCUCUGGUUAA